UAUUGUUUUAAAGUCCAAUGGAAGCAUAGGGCUGACUUUGACAAAGUCCAAAUUAACUUGGAAUUUCCUUAUAUUUUAUACGUAGGGUGUGAAAGAAAGGAGUCGAAAUAAGUAUUUUGGGCUUUGGAAAUUGUGUGACUUAAACUAUAAUAAUAAGAUCUUGGAGGGGGGAUGAAAUGAGUACCAAAGCUUAUAGUAAUAUGAGUGCAGUAAGUAUUCGAAUUUCGAUGCGAUUUACUUUCAUAGUUUAGUUGGUUGACUGACUGUUAUAUAAUCCCCCACAUGCAAUUAUUUAAGCAUUUCUCGUGCGAUCUAUCACACGAGACGAUUCGAUUGUUCAACGACGUAGCAUUGAAGCCUACAAGAUCACGUCACGUGAGAUGGUGAAACUAGAGGAUGCCAGAUAAUAAUGUCAGAACUGGAGCUAGGUUAGUGGAUUUGUUCAUCUUCCGGUGUCGGAGAUGGGAGAUCAGUUGAGGAAUUUCGAAAUGGCGAUAUCAUGGGGAGACGAAUUGAUCCAUGUUUUGGAUGAUAGGAAAGGAUUUGGUGUGUUGGUACAAACUCUCGAGCAUCUGAGAGCUAUCCAAUUCUCCUGCGACGACGAUUUUAGUGAGACACAUGGAUCUCUCCAAGAUUUGCAGAAGAAACUCCAUGUUUGCAAGGAGAAGACUGAUGAGGCAAAUUCAGAGAUUGCUGAUGAAGAAGAAAUUGAGCGUCUUCAGAAAGAGCUUGAUGAAGAGCUAGAACUGGAGUGCAAGCUGAAGGAUGAGCUUAGAUUCAUUGCUGAUGAACUCAAAGACCUGAAUUCUCAGGAGGCAUUCUUUGAAGAGCACAUAUUAGCUAUAAAGAGGAAUAAGCAGGAACAGUUGAGAACCGAGAAAAAGCUUUCUAUGUAUGCUUCUGUCACUAGAGUUAUACCAAACAUUGAUGAUUCAUUGAAGACCUCAGGCUAUAUGGUUGAUCGAGACAAAAGGCUAAUGGAGAAGUUUGAAUUUGAUUCAGACAAGAGUACUGCCUACGAGACAUAUUGUUGCAAAUCCAGUCUUAAGUGUAGAACGAAUUCGAGAAGUGCAAAAUUUGAUUGGAUUUACCUGGUUUCCGUAUCCGUUAAUGUAACAAUCAACUGCUGCUCUGCUCAAUCCAACCAUUUCUAAACAAUCAGCCCAUUUUUCAAGUUUGUUCUCCAAGACUAGCCGUUCCGUACAGUAGAUGUAUCCAAAAUGCUUCAUCUGCAAGUGAGAUAUGCAGAGCACAUAGCAGUCAUAUUAACAGUCAAGCCUUUAUAUGGCGUGAAUUGCGUUGAGCGCACACUCAGCUUCUCCGUGCUGAAAACAAAGCAAGAGUCAAAUGCUAUGUCCUAAUCUUAUGAUGUACAAUGCAAGUGAGACAAGGCAAGAAGAGUCCAAGACCUGGCAGAGAAUGGUGCCAUCUGGUCUGAUAACGGCAUUGCCCCAUGGAACGAGCUGGAGAUCAAUGGAUGAGAUUAAGCCGGUUUCGAAGAUCUUAGGCAAGUGAUUGACGAUGAAUUCUGCACAGUAGGGGCAUAGAGCUUCGUAGUAUAGACUUAGUGUGACUUUCUGGCUUGAAGACAGAGAUAAGAGGCAGAAGAAGAUUGUGAAACUUGUGAUGGCCAACCUGAGAAGCCUCUGAUAUGAUGCCAUUGAUGGAAACAAGAAGAAGAGGAAGAUUGCAGAGAAAUGUUUUUGACUCUUGCUUUAUUCUUCAGUCUCGUCAAACAAGCAAGCUGUUUCUUAUUAUUUUCACUGUAUCGUUGAUGCUUUUAUUAUGGUUUCAAGGCAUCUUGGGCGUUUUAGCGUUAAAAGAAUUGUUGCGGCGUUGUUUGAACUUA